AUGCCUCGAACUAGAAAAGCAGUUGCUGCUAUUCAACCCAGCAGUCCUGAUCAUGUAUCCCUGACAUAUCGACUAAAAACUAAAAAUGUUGUCAAUAAACUCUCUCCUCCUCAUAAAAUGCGGUUGGAUCGCUUACUAACUGUUAUAGCAUCGGCUCUAGUGGUUCAACACACACCUCUAUCUAAACAUGUGUCCAUAAAUCAUUUUCAAGAUGUAGAAGAGUAUGAAAUGGAUGAUGAUGAUAUUGUUGCUGGUGAUCUCACUCUGGUGUAUCCUAAUCAUACACCAGCACAGGACAAUCUUGAUGAUAAUGUUGGGAAUUUGCUGAGCCAUCUCCAGGACAAAAUCAGACAGCGUCAGAACCGGUCGAGUACAAGUUCAAAACGGGGACAGACUAGCAAUAUGGAAGAUCCAUUGCAAUCUCAGCAGGCAACAAUUCAAGCAAAUGCAAACAAAACAAUGCAUCAAUAUCAGUCGCAAAGUGGGAAAUUAGUCGAUGAAAUUCGAGCGCGCAUCAGCUCUGUGAUGGAUGAUGAAAAGCUGAAUACCCAAUCAACUGCGGUUCAUUCUAGUGCAACAUUGAUGAUGGAUGAGGCAAACAAAACAAUGAAUAUACUGCGACAAAAUGCAGAUAGCCUUUGUAAUGAUAUUCAUGCGUACUGUCAGAUGCAACAAGCUAUGGGGCGACACCAUGAAAUGUCGCUGAGAAAAAUAAUGAUGGAACGAGAACGAGCAGUAAAGCAUGCUCAGCAAGUGUACCAAUCUGAAUUGCAGAGUGCUAUGAAUGUUGGUAAACUAAAACAGGCACUUGCUAUACUAUUCAAAUAG